GGAUAUUCACUUAUCCACUUCACAGCAGGAUAGCACUGUAAUGCUUAAAAAUGGCUCUAUCGGUGUCAUCAAAAAUAUUAUCGAUUACGAAAGAAAGGGAUGUCAUCUUCUUUUACGAGUUUUUUCAAAAGUUGAGGACCUUUUCAAACUUCCGUGUGAUUCACCAUUAGUCGGUAUUUUUCUCUGCUCUCUACCGAUUCCACAAUUGACGUUAGUUUCUCUAAAUCAAGUCACAGCUAAGUGUUUCAGGAUGCCUUACUGGUCUCCCGAAAUUCCGACAAUAGAGUCAAAUUCUCAAUUUUUCGUCGUCGUAAAAAUUAUGUCUACUAGCUUAGAAAAUUAAAUCUUCAUUUUGUAGCCUACUUCUUCCUUUCUUCUUGUGUUUCGUUUUUUACUAGCAUGGCUGACAAAAAAAGGAAGAAUUUGGGAGCGCUUCCAACUAACAUCGCAGCAACCAAGCUCACGAAGAAGAUGUCUUCCUUCUCCGUGUCUACAGGGAGCUUCGGGAGGAGUGCUUUUUUGACUGAGACAUCAACUCUCUCUCAACGGCUGCUGAAAGAACAACAGCGGCAGCAAGUACCACCGCAUACAAAAUCGCUGCAGGAACCACCAUCGCACCGAAGGCCGCUGCAGCAAGCAGCAAUAACGCAGCGUAAGCCUCUACAGCAGCUACAGCAGCAGCAACCGAAACUGCAGCAACAACCAUCGCAGCAGCAUCAGCGGAAACCACUACCGCAGAAGAAACCGCAGCAGCAGCAGCAACCGCUUCAGUGGAAAACGCUGCAUCCUCAGCAACCACCAGCGUAUCGAAACACGCAGCAGAAGGAGCUGGUACCACCAGCACCACGAGCACAACGCAAUGAUGUGCUCAAUGAACCACCACGGGAGACAUUGGACUCCAUCAACAGAAGACUGGCAGCCCUCGAAGGAACGCAACGCGGGAUUGGAGAGACGCUGAAGCAGUUUAAGGAUGUGACAAGUUUAUCCGAUGAGAGACUGAAGAAAAUGGAACAAAAAGUGACAGCGAUUUAUAACAUCCUGAAAAACUUGGCAGCCGCGCAAUCUUCUGCAACGAGAACUCGUCCAGAAUUUUUGCCAUUUAAAACAACGGCUGACAUUGUUGCCUUCGAUCAUCUCGCUGAUGAUCAGUUUGAUGCUCUCGUCCAUUACUUGAGAUACCUUGGAGGUGCGAAUGAAACUGACGCUGCAGCGAUUUAUUUCAAAGCCUGCUUCAAGUUUCAUGAAGAUUUGUUCCGGAAUGUCACUUGGCAUGGAUCCAAGUCGGACAACAAUAUUUUGGCGUUAAAAGAUACGCGUUUCGCUUUAGCCUGCAGUGAGGCAAUGCCCAUCUUGAAGGAACUCCUCAGGAAGCCAAAGAAGGAUGAAUUUGCGACUGCGAUGACGAAAGCUUUGAAGAGCAGUAAGGAAGCUUAUCGUCGUCAAAGCAAGAGAGCUGCACCACCGGCCGAACAAUCGCUUCCUUUCAAGAGGCAACGCCAAAAUGAUCCACCGCAGAAUAACGCGGUAGGAAAUAUGGAGUACGAGUACGACCUCAAACCACUCCUUGGGGGCGAAGUACAUCAGCCCAUCGACAACCAGCUCAUGGACCAACAGCAGCCCAGCGAUGGAGACGAAGAGGUCGACGAAGACCAGUUCGACGAUACGCAGGUCAUCGAGGAAGAACAAGACGAAGAAGGAGAAGAAGCUGAAGAAUAUAAAGAAGAAGAAGCUGAAGAAAACGAAGACUUCAAGGAACAGGAAGAAGAAGAACUGGAUGAGCCGGAUACGUACUUCGACGACUACGGUUCAAAGUCGAUCAAUGAAAACCAGGAUGACCUUCAACCGUCGGACGAGGAUCUCUACCCGGAAUGAGCUAAGUCGCCCCUUUAUUUAUUGAUGUUCUUUUGUUCAUUUAAUCCAUGUACUUUCUUUGCAGCUUAAUAUAAAAAUAUAGAUCGGUUCUGCUUUUUGUUUCUUCAAUUAAUUUGUUUUUAUAAAUGAUCUAUAUUUUUUUAUCUGAACGCUCUCUUACAGUUUGUUUUCAUCAAUAAUUUUUGAUCGUUAUUACAUUUUUCUUUUGUAUUAGUUUUUUUAUUGUUCGUAGGUAGUGUUAAAAGUGUAAGAGAGCGUUGGAGGGGCUAUUGCAUUGGUUGAGCCUCACAGAAGGGAGCGGCGGUGGGGCUCCCUUCACCCCCCCCCCCCCCCCCCAAAAAAAUUAAUUAAUUUUUUUGUCAAAGGUCACUCGAGCGAUGACAUGGUACAAAAACGAUAACGACGAACUCAACAACGCUUAUACUUGGUACGCAAGUUUACUUAUCAGCAGCACACAGAUGUAUUUGUGGAAAAGUAGCAGCUGUCAGUUGACUCACUCAAGGACUGCGCACUCAUCAUUCAACCAGGAGGACUAGAAGCAUCAGCACCAGGUAACUGCACCAGGAGUUACAAGAAUAGGAGCAACGGGGCUGGGCGCAACAGAAGAAACUGCAUCAAAUACAAAUUAAUCUUUAUUUAUGGUUUAUUUUUAUAUACUUUUUAUUUUCUUUGUAUUUUGUAUUUAUAUUGUAUUACGAAUUUUUCAAAUUUAAUUUCUUUUUUUUUUAAAUAAAAUAAUUUUAGAAAAAAUUAAAAUAAAUUCAUUUUUAUGCCCACAAAAUGCGCCCAUAAACCAACAGCAAUAUGCCGGCAUGCAUACUGCCGUAAAAAUUAAAAAAAUUUGAAAUGCCCGCAAAAUGCGGGCACAACGACGGCAUUUCAUCGUCAUAAUGCACGCACAUUCGCAGCAUUCAUGCUGCUCGUGCCGUGCACGAUCGCCGUCACAGAGACCGAGCACAUGCUGAGCAUAUGCCGAGCAUAUGCGGCGAUACCUGGCAAGCACGCGUGCCGCACGAUUUUGGCGCUGUGCUCGCAUUAUGCCGAUGCAAUGUUAUCCCAGAUAACAGCGUCCCAGAUAACAGCGUGCUCUGAAAAUGCUGAAAACGUGCCGGCACGAAAUGGGCACGCAUGACGGUCCACUUGCAUCCGCACAUGAAAGUCAUAUGACGAGCAUAUGACCGAGCAUUUUGCUUGCUUCCGUGGUGGAUCUGUCCAGCACGGGUGCCGAUAAAAUGCGAGCAUAAUGCCGUUCGUAUGCAGGCAUUUUGCGCGCAUGUUCCCGAUUUCGUGGACGCGUAUUUUUCGCACGGCACGGCAUGCUCCUCGUAUGCAGGCAUAUGGCCGGCGGGGAGCGAUUUUAUCGCAUAUAAAAAUAACGCUAAAUAAAAAUUAGUUAGAACGCAUAACUAAGCAUCUACAUCAUAAAUAAUUAAUAAAUUUUGUUAUAUAGUAUAAAAAAAAUUUUAUGUAAGAAAAAAAAAUCUGCCGGGUGUAGGGCUGGAACUCACGAUCUUUGGAUCAGAAGUCCGAAGCUCUAGCCUCUGAGCCACAACUCUUCUUACAAUUUGAUGCACAAUUGCACCUAAUAAUCAUCGCUAAUAAUUAGAAUUAUGUAAUAAAAUAAUGUUUAAAUGUAAUUCGGUUUGGAGAGAAUAAAAAAAGUAAUAAAUGUA